CGCGGGGUUGGGUCCGAACCGCUCAGGUCAAAUUUUUGUUAUGAAGCCCCUAAUGACAGCCGUUAGAUAUUUAAUCCGACGAUCAUAAUACACCGUUAGCCAAUAAUGUCCAUAAUAACAAAUCACUCACUCUCCCCGGUGAAUACCACCUGAAACGGAACCCUAACAACCACCUUCAUCUCUCUCCUUCAAUCAAUCUAUCUAAGUCAUUGGAGAGAUAGUCCUUCUAAAUUAGCAGGUCCUCUAUAUUCUUGGUUGAAGUUUAAAGCCGUUUAUGAUUCUUUUCAUAUCUGGAAAGAUGCAAAAACAAAGUGGAGUAUUUGUAAAACAUCCUUACAAGUUUGCUUCGGUAUGGAUGGACUGAUGAGCAUAGAAGAGGAGAUCAUGGGGCAACAUAGUGUUGUCUUUGAUCGCUUUGAUGAUUCAAAUGGUAGACCAGACCCUGCUGGAGUUCUUACACCUCAUGAUAAAUAUAUGGAAACCGAGCCACAUGUGGGUCUAGAAUUUACAUAUGCUGAUGCUGCCAAGACAUUUUACAAUGAGUAUGCUAAACGCAAUGGGUUCACAACAUGUGUUAAUCAAAAUAUCCGAUCCAUGUCUGAUACAAAUCUUGCAGUUUUUGAAUUUUUGUGUGCUGCAUCAGGAGAUGGCUGUAAUGCAAUGCUUAGGAUCAAAUCAAAAAGUCAAAAUAAUUGGGUUGUCACAAAGUUUGUGAAGGAACAUAAUCACCCGCUCACAAAUGCUCAUAAGGUGAAUUAUCAUCGACAAAAACGACAAUUUUCUGGGGCAAAGACGAAUACAUCUGAAAGUCACCCGAUGGUAGGAGUUGUUCCUAAUGGUGUUAUGUAUCUCUCUAGGAGUACUUCUAUGGAAUCAAACCGUGGGGUCCAGAUUUCAGAUUCUAUAAUUAAUUCUGUUGGACAUUCUACUAGUAAAAGGUCAUUCGGAAGAGAUGCUCAAAAUCUUCUUGAUUACUUCAGAAAAAUGCAGGCUGAGAACCCAGGUUUUUACUACGCCAUACAGCUGGACGAUGAUAACCGUAUGGCUAAUGUGUUUUGGGCUGACGCUCGGUCUAGAACUGCUUACAGUCAUUUUGGUGAUGCUGUUACACUCGACACGAUGUACAGAGUGAAACAUUACAAAGUACCAUUCGCUCCUUUUACGGGCGUGAACCAUCAUGGUCAAACAAUUUUGUUCGGUUGUGCAUUGCUUCUAGAUGAUUCCGAGUGUACGUAUACAUGGCUUUUCAAGACAUUUCUUGCUGCCAUGGGUGAUCAAGCCCCCAUCUCUUUAAUCACUGAUUCUGAGAAAUCUGUACAGGCUGCAGUUGCAAAUGUUUUUCCGAGAACUCGUCACUGUAUCAGCAAGUGGCAUGUACUUAGAGAAGGUCAUGAAAGGUUGGCAUAUGUGUGUCACAUGCAUCCUAAUUUUCAGACCGAAUUAUAUAAUUGCAUCAAUUUGACAGAAACAAUUAAUGAGUUCGAAUCGGCAUGGGAUUCUAUUCUUGAUAGAUAUGAUCUUAGAAGAAAUGAUUGGUUGCAAAUGUUAUAUGCUGUGCGACAACAAUGGGCCCCUGCAUAUUUCCGUGAUACCUUUUUUGCUGGCUUUUCUUCCAACCAUGGUUUUGAAAGCUCUUUCUUUGAUGGUUAUGUAAACGAACACACUACCGUGCCUUUGUUCUUUAGACAGUAUGAAAGAGCUUUGGAGAACUCAAUUGAGAAGGAAAUAGAAGCAGAUUUUGAUACAAUUUGCGCCACUGCGGUAUUGAGAACACCAUCACCGAUGGAGAAACAAGCGGCAAAUUCCUACACAAAAACCAUAUUUUCAAAAUUUCAAGAAGAGUUGGUUGAAACGUUUGUGUAUACAGCAAACAGGAUUGACGGCGAUGGUGCUGUAAGCACAUUUAGGGUUGCAAAAUUUGAAGACGACCAGAAAGCGUAUAUUGUCUCCUUUAAUAUUGGGGAGUUAAGAGCAAAUUGCAGCUGCCAGAUGUUUGAGUAUUCCGGAGUUAUUUGUAGACAUAUUUUGACCGUCUUUACAGUGACGAAUGUACUCACAUUACCGUCCCAGUACAUUCUAAGAAGAUGGACAAGAGAUGCAAAAUGCAACUAUUCGUUAGAGUUAUACGUGAAAGGAAACGAGCCCGACUCAUUAGGUAUUCGUUACAAUCAAUUAAUUCGGCAAGCUAUUAAAUUUGCUGAGGAAGGGGCCAUUGCUCCGGAUACAUUUACUUUGGCUAUGGCUUUUCUUAGAGAAGGCGGGAAGAAGGUGGCCGCUGCAAAGACAAAUGUGGCAAGUUUUACACCACCUAGUUCACGGGCCAGUGUUGUUGGUUAUGAAAACCGUAAGACCGGUUCUCCUGCACCUGAUAUGACACCUUUACUAUGGCCGCGACAGGAUGAAGUAGUGAGACGAUUUAAGCUUAAUGAUGGUAGUCUACUUCCUCAACGUGUUACUGACUUGAAUCUCCCCCGCAUGGCCCCUGUCUCUAUGCGCAGUGAUGACGGCCAUCCUGGCAACAUGGCGAUUCUUCCUUGUCUUAAGUCAAUGACAUGGGUAAUGGAAAAUAGAAAUUUGCCUCCAGCAAAUAGAGUAGCUGUCAUAAACCUGAAGUUGCAAGAUUAUCGAAGGACACCGGCUAUUGAAUCCGAGGUUAAGUUUCAGCUCUCAACAGUUACGCUAGAGCCCAUGUUAAGGUCAAUGGCUUACAUUAAUGAACACCUCUCCUCCCCUGCAAAAAGGGUUGCUGUAAUUAAUUUGAAGCUUCAAGAUACAGAUUCUACUUCAGGAGAAUCCGAGGUGAGGUUUCAGGUGUCCAGAGAUACAUUAGGUGCCAUGUUGAGAUCAAUGGCUUAUAUCCGUGAGCAACUCUCAAAUGCAGCUGAAUCACCAUCAGAGAUUCCGUCAAAGAAACAAAGAAAAUAGGGGAACCAUCUCCAUUCUUUUUCCUAUUCUAUAACCAUCAGUAAUUGGCAACAAUAUUUUUAAUGCUAUUUUUUACAUAUUAGUUAGUUGUUGAGUUAGUCUAAUUACAUGUUCAUGUCAAACUUUAGAAUAUCAAGAUAGAAAAGGUAAAAAAAAAAAAAUCAACGGUACCCAAUCCCGUCUUCCACGAGGUAUAGGAGAGGUGAGAUGUAGACAACCUCACCCCUACUUGAAGGUAGAGAAACUGAUUUCAGAGAAUCUUCAGCCUUUUUUGCAAGGAACUAAAAUCGAACCCUAGCAUAUGUCUCCAGAGGAGAGGUUUUUCCAACUUCUGCUUGUUAUUGAGAGAGAGGUGUUGUAGGUGUUUACAUGUGAAUGAAUUUUGUAUAUUCUAGUAUGAAAUCAUCAUCUUUUUUCUCUUUGUUAUUUUCGUAAAGUGCAUGUAUGUUGAAAAUAACAGAUCAAUUCUUUUGUUUGAACUUUAGAUAUAUAUAGAUUCAAAGUAUGUUCUGAAACA